UAAGGGGUGCCCGUGCUUCACACACUCGGCCCUCGCACGCAUAACGCGCGCGUUCUGUGUCAUGCUAGCGAGUGCGACACGGUAGGAACAUGGUGCUAUGUCCACCCUUCAAGUGGGGCUCCAAGGGCGGGUUCAACCUCGCCACCCCGACCAAGGACCGCGACGACCAGGAGCGCAGAGAGACCAUCGUUAAAAUACCAGACUUUGUACUCCAAGCUCCUCGGGCUACGACCGAGAUCACCAAUGGAAACGCCGUCGCGUACCAACAGAACAGCCUGUCCGUGGACCCCGGCGGGUCCAGCAAGAAGUCCAGCUACAUGAGCAUACAGAGCGAGAAGUCCAGCGGUAGCUACUUCCAGGACUCCGACUGUGAUACCAACUACGACAGAAAAAGUAGCGCGGGAAGAAAAACUAUAUCAGACUUGGUACAAAAUGACCCCGAGAAGAGGGUGCGGAGGAAACGUGGGGUGAUCGCGCCGCACGCGCCGCUCGACAACGCGCGGUUCCUCACAGACUUGCAGUAUGAAAAGUUCGAGAAAGAUGACAAGUCAGCAGAGCAAAUAAAGAAAGCGAUAAUGGCAAACGACUUUUUGCGCAAUAUCAUGGAUGAGGAGCGGCUGCUGGCGGUGGUGGAGGCCAUGAGCCCUCAGGAGUACCCCGCCGGCAGCCUCAUGAUACGAGAGGGGGAGAGCGGCAGCCACCUCUAUGUGUCAGCGCACGGCCAGUUCGAGGUGCUAAAGGGUGGACAAGUGGUCAAGAACUUCGGCGCAGGGGAAGCGUUCGGAGAACUCGCUAUAUUGUACAAAGCGAAACGAUUUGCGUCGAUAAGAUGUAUAACAGAAGCAAAAGUAUGGACGUUAGAGAGGAAAGUGUUCCAGAAGAUCAUGGUCCGCAGCGGCCGUCAAGAGCAGGAGGACAACAACAGAUUCUUAGCGUCAGUCCCCUUGCUGAAGGAUAUACAUCCGAUUGAACUCGCCAAAAUUGCUGACUUCCUGAAAAGGGAAUUCUUCUCUGCGGGCACCCCCGUAGUGCGGCAAGGGGACAAAGGGGACAAGUUCUACAUCAUCCGCGGAGGAACAGUGGCGGUGACGAAGCGGGAGGAGGACGGGGAGCGCAGGGUCGGUACUCUCCGCCGCGGGGACUACUUUGGAGAGCAGGCGCUCCUGCACGAGGACCGGAGACUGGCGACGGUGACAGCCCUGCCGCCCGGCGUCGAGUGCCUAACGCUGGAGAGAGGUCCUUUUACAGAGCUGCUGGGCAAUUUGGAGGAGUUGAAGAAUAUUCGACAUGCAGAUCCUCGGCCCUCGCAACAGAAGAAGACUUCAGUUAUAAAGAGUGAAUUCGAGUUCAUCGAGCUGAAAGACUUGGACAUAAUCGGCACGAUGGGCGUGGGCGGGUUCGGGCGAGUGGAGCUGGUGCAGUACCGCCGCCAGCCCGCGCUCACCUUCGCGCUCAAAUGCCUAAAGAAGGUGGACAUGGUGCAGCAGCAGCAGCAGGAGCACGCCUUCAACGAGAAGCUCAUCAUGAUGGCCUGCCGCAGCCCCUUCAUCUGCAGACUAUACCGAACAUUCAAAGACAACAAGUACAUCUACUUCCUGAUGGAGCCGGUCCUGGGCGGCGACGUGUGGACCAUUCUGCAGAAGCAGCGGUACUUCCCCGAGAACGUCGCUCGGUUCAUGGCCGCCUGCGUCGUCGAGGCCUUCCAGUAUCUACACUCUAUGGACAUCAUCUACAGAGACCUCAAACCGGAGAAUCUAAUGCUCGACAAGCAUGGAUAUAUUAAAUUAGUGGACUUUGGUUUCGCGAAGCGUCUGUCCUCGAACAGCAAAACGUGGACGUUCGCCGGCACGCCCGAGUACGUCGCGCCUGAGAUCGUCCUCAACAAGGGCCACGACCGCGCGGUGGACUGCUGGGCGCUGGGCGUGCUCAUUCACGAGAUCCUGGUGGGCAAGCCACCGUUCCGCGCGCCCGGAGGCGACCACAUGAAGACCUACACGCUCAUACUCCGUGGCAUCGACGCCGUGGCCUUCCACCCGCGCAUGCCCAAGUCCGCGCAGCUGCUCAUCCGGAAACUCUGCCGUGCCGUGCCGGCGGAGAGGCUGGGUUACCUCAAGAACGGCAUGAUCGAUGUCAAGAAUCAUAAAUGGUUCCUCGGUUUUGACUGGGAGGGUCUGCGGGAGAGGCGGCUGAAGGCGCCGCUGGUGCAGCCCAUCUCACACGACCUCGACCUCUCCAACUUCGAGAAGUAUCCCAAAGAGAAACUCCCGCCCGACGAGCUAUCAGGAUGGGAUGUUAACUUUUAAUUCGUCACUAUUUUAUAUUUUUAUACAAAAAAGUUUGUGAAGAUCCUACCGAAAUUAUAGCAUGUGAAUAAGUAGUAAGCUAAAUACAAUUUACAAAAACGU